CCCACCGGAACUGGGGAGGCCGAAAUCACUUCCGGCGAAGACUACAAGAACAUGGUUCUCUUCCACCACAACAUCAAUCGUGCCAACCACGGCGCUGGUGCAUUGACUUGGGAUGACGACCUGGCUUCGAAGGCUGCGACUUGCUCGCAAUGCAACAACUGGAACCCUUUCGUGCACUGCAACUCUGGCCAAAACAUGGCUGCUAGUGGCCCUAAGGCUAACGUCUCUGCUGGUAUCACCGAAGGCUGGGUCAAUGGCGAAGAGCCCAAAUUUGCGUCGUACUAUGACCAGGCGAAUCCGACCGUAGACUUCGAGAGUUGGGGUCAUUUCACUCAAGUCGUCUGGAAGGCCGCGACUAAGGUCGGCUGUUACACCAAUGACUGCACCAAUGCAGCCUCGGGUAUGUGGGUGACCAUCUGCAAUUAC